AACGCGUCAGUUGAUAAGGCACGACCUACGACCGGCCUGGUUCAGUCGUUCAAUAUCAGGAGCCAUUUAUCAAUCAUUUGUCGAGAUGAGGGACCAUUUUGUCAUCCUGUUACUCUCAUUGCUCACUCUUGGACGUACCCAAGAUGUCACAGAUGAUGACACGACAGACCCACGGCUUGCCGAGGGUGAGAAAAAGAUGAGCGAUAGCAUCCUUGAGAUCCUAGAACAUUUCAAACAACCGGACCCAGUCGGGAUCCCCGGGGCCAACAUCCCGGACCCGUACCCCGUGCCCGACAUGAAGCAGUCCCUGGCCUUCGGAACAGUCCUGUACUUCAGAAACAGUUCCGUGUACGGGAUCAGCAAGUUCCGGAUCGUGUAUAUUGAUGCGGAAAUUGGAGCUAUGGAGGUCCAAGCUGUACUCACCAUCGACAAGCUACAAGCUCGAGGCGCCUACACGAUGUCUACAUGGUUAAACAAAGCCCAGGGACCAUAUACCGUCGACGUUGGUGGUCUCAAAAUUCAUGCCAAAGCCAACCUUGGUGUGGAACGAGACGGAAAGCUGAGGGCGCAAAACAUCAAUAUUGAUAUAGGCUUCUCAAACAUCACUGUAGAUUUCCAGAAUCUAGGUAUAAUGGGUAGCGUUUUCCAAGGCGUUAUCAACUCGAUAGGACCGUUCGUAUUCGAAUCCAUUAAGCCAUACAUUCUCAAAGAAGCCUAUACAAAAGUCAGAGCAGAAAUCAACACAAAACUGGACGAAGUAGCUGGCGACAUGCAAUUUCCUAACUCAAUAUCACCACUAGACAUGAUAAUUGCUGAUGCCAGAAAGACAGUUCGAGCUAUGCAAAUGGAUCCUUACAAAAUCAAAGAUUACAAUGACAGCGUUAGUAUAUUCUCAAUUACCUUAUCGAACACAUGGGUGAUAGGUAUAUCGUCAUUUCAACGAGUUGGUAAUAUAACGCUCAAAAUGGAGAACAAUGCUGCUAUAGCGGACUUUGACAUCGGUACUCAGAAACUUGAAGGAAUGACUCAAUGGGAAAUUACAGCUUUGAGUGGAGUAAUGUCGAGAGCUGGCACUGCGUCUUUUUCAGUGGAAUACGUUAGUGGUAGAUUAAUUGUAGCACAACCACUUGACACGAGAAAACGACCAGAGUUCAGAGAUUUAGAUUUGGAAGUGGGUAACAUCCAAGUUCGCUGCAAUGGAGCUGGUACAUUAGACUACGUUAUUGAAGCGGCGGUUAAUAUCUUACCAAAUUUAUUACGAUACCAAAUAAUGGAUGCCUUAGAAGGUCCUCUCAAGGAUAAAAUACAACAAGAGUUGAACAAUAUAAACGUCGAGGAGAGAAUAAAAAAGGAGCUGCACAAAGUAGAUGAAAUGCAGGAACAAGGGUUUAAACUUUCAUCUCUAAAAUCAAAUGAUCUGCCAGAAGAACCCUACGACGAGGACGAGUUUUUUAAUUUUUAAUAUUUUAUAAUAGUCAUAGAUACUAAUUGUAGAUGAAAUCUACGUCUAGCAAACAGUUUAUGUUUUUAUACGUAUAUUUAUAUUCCCGUGCCUAUUUUUAUUGGCUAUUUUAGUUAUAGUCUUUGUAUAGCAAACGAAAAAAAUAUUAAAUUAAUAAUAUUUUAACCGUAUAUUUCUCUCAAUUCGCAAAAAUGCUUCAUAAAGAUGCCUCACACACAUCAAUUUAAAAAUUUCAGCAUUUAGUAGAUCAUGAUGUAUUUAUAAACGGCUCCGUGUGGUUCCCGGCACAUUAGAAAAGGACCACACCUUUUCUUUCCUUGGAUAUCUAAUCCAUUAGAAAGACGGCAGAGAUUAGAUUCAUGUGUCGAGUCUACUGUCUUACACAAGACCGCCGCCAAACAAUACUCAAUAGGUAACUUUAGAAACUGAUUUAAGGUAAACAAUCUUGAUAAGUACGUAUUUUUGUUGAAAAAUACAUUUCUAAUUAAGUAUUUUUAUAAAUAUUGCAAAAGUGAUUGUGGCAUGUCAUUCUUAUAAAUUUACUUGGUAAUUUAUUUAUUUAAACUUUAUUGUACAAAAUACAAAUAUCAAGCACAAUUAGUGACUUAAUGCUAGAAGCAUUAUCCACUAGUCAACCAGUUAUCAACGUAUCAAGAUUGUUUACCUAUUUAUCUUAAGUAAUGGACCAAAGGCAGUUGUAGAUACGAGAUCGAUCGGAAAUAAAAAAUAAAAAAAGGCGCCUGCAUUGAACCGGUAGCUAACGGUGUACUCCAUAACGGCUUACCAUUCGGCGUUGUCUGUAUUAAUUUAAGAGUUCCGUAACAAAAGUAUCGUUCCCUCAUACUAGCCUUUUAUUUCUAUUAGUUAGAAUAUUAAAAUUAUAUUGAUAUUAAUAUGUGGCAAGUAAAAUAAGAAAUUUUGUCUUUGCAUUAUUUCAAAAUAAUCCUUCCUUUUAUGAGUAGAAUUUUUCAAAACUACCGUUUUAGUGCUUUAGUUACAUUUUUGUCAAAGAAAGGGGUAGAUUCAGUUUGGUCACAUUCAAGACGUUUUCUAUUUCAUUGCACAGUAUUUAUUACAAAAAAUAUACGUGAUCUUAAGUUUAAUAUAUAAUGCGGAACCCUCCCGAGAUCAUUUCAUGUAAUUGUACCGUUCAUCCAUCCUCUUUUAUUUGCUAUAAGUGUACCUGGAAAGUUCGAGUUAAAUGAAAUAAAAAAUCUUUUUUUAAUGACUA